AGUAGGCUUCCCGGAAAGGGUAUCGGAGGAAGUCAAACUAGGGAAAGAUGAAGGGCAAAUUCGACAUUUAAGACACAGGAACGGGCAGAAGCCUCCGACCACGUACCCACCGCCGGCCCCCGGGAGGAGGCUGUCCUUUCACCCCAAUCUCCCUACCCUCCUCACUCGCCGACGGACAAGCCGGUAGGUCCCAAAGACGAGACAAAGGGCUAAGAGGCAGAACGUAGGAACACGCGACUCCCAGAGUCCGGGCUGCUUUUCUUUGACUCCAUGACCAUAACCAGAAAGAUACUUUUUUUCUUCUUUUCCGGUGACCAGGACGCCAGUCGAGCCGAACCUUUCGGUCGGUCUCAGUGGGCAAACUAGGGGCUGGCAAUGCACCGCACUGGGUCCCCAGGUCGAUUCCUGUGAGCGGCGGUGAGAGUGUGGGACUAGCGGGGACACCGACUCAGCUUUGCUUUGAACUUUUCCUCGAGCAGGAAGAAUGAGGGCAGGCUUCAACUGAUGAAUUAUUGACUUUGAGUUCGAGUGUGGAACGCUGAUAAGAAAAACAUCAUAAAAGGAUUAGGCAGUUCCAUGUUUUCGUGUGGGGACGACUGGGUCCAUGGAACAGGGCAAAACGUGAAAGGUGAGCUCAUCCCGGUAGCUUCGUCAUUUCGCCUGGUCAACACAGGGCCGUCCUGAACACCUGUCCCCGCCAUAUAAACCCUCUUCCCCCUCUGCAUCCCCAUCAGUGUUUGCAGGCACAGCAUCCCAUCCCCUUGAGUUCACCGCCGUUGUUCCUCACACUGGGAGAGAGAGAGAGGACGGAGAUGAAGAAGGUGACCCUGUUGAGUCUCUUCUCCGGGAGGGAGAAAGAGGGAGAUGGGAAUCGCAUCGGGUCGGCCUUCCCGCCGAAGCGGCUUGAUGCCCAGAAAGUGCAGCAGAUUCUGACGGCCGCUGAGACCAUGGUGUACAAGUGGGACGCCGACACCUCCGCCUACGCCGGGAUUACUUCUCUAUGGUACGAAAGCCGUGCUGAAGCUAGGAAGUAUCUGGGUUGCGUGAGUGACCUCCAGAGCGCCAUGCGGUUCCUCUCGGCCACCGACCCUUCCUCGCCGCACCUCGUCAAGGCGCAGAAUCUCAUGGUGCUUGCGAUGAAGCGCUUGCAGAAGGAGUUCUACCAGAUUCUUGCCGCGAACCGGUGCCACCUCGACCCGGAGUCGCUUUCCGGCCGGUCGUCCACGAGCACCUCGGAGUUUGAUGAAGACAACGACUCCGAAGACGAGAUUCGGAAGGUCGGGAAGUCCAUCGUCGACGUGGAGAGCGCGUCGUCGCUCGCCAUGGCGGACCUCCGGUCGAUCGCAGAGUCCAUGAUUGCCUUCGGUUAUGGGAAGGAGUGCGUGAAGGUUUACAAAAUCUUGCGGAAGUCCAUCGUCGACGAGGGGAUUUACCGCCUCGGAAUCGAGCGGAUGAGCUCCGCUCAAAUCCAGAAGAUGGAUUGGGACGUCUUGGAGAUGAAGAUCAGGGUGUGGAUUCAUGCCGUGAAAGUCGCCGUGAGGACUCUCUUUUCCGGCGAGCGUUUCCUGUGCGACCACGUUUUCUCGGCCUCCCACUCCAUCGGGGAAACGUGCUUCGCGGACAUCACGGGCGAAGCGGCUCGCCUGCUAUUUGCCUUUCCGGAAUCCGUCGCCAAGGGGAAAUACUCGCCGGAGAAGAUUUUCCGCAUCCUCGACCUCUACGAUGCAAUUGCGGAGCUGUGGCCGGAAAUCGAGUCUACAUUCUCCUACGAGGCGUCCGGCUUCGUGCGGGCCCAGGCGAUGUCGGCGCUCAUCAAGCUCGGCGACGCCAUUCGAUCGAUGAUGGCCGACUUCGAGGCAGCGAUAUUGAAGGACUCCUCCAAGGCGCCCGUCCCAGGCAGCGGUCUCCAUCCCAUGACCCGCUACGUCAUGAACUUCCUUUCCGUUCUGGCGGAUUACCGGCAAAUCAUCGCCGACAUAACCGCCGACUGCCCCGUCAAGAACCCGCUCCCGAACGCCAUCUCCGAAUGCCUCAACAGCGAGCCGAUAGCCACACGAUUCGCGUGGCUCGUGCUGUCCCUCCUCUGCAAAAUCGACGGCAGAUCGGAGCUCUACGGGGACGUCUCCUUCUCCUACCUCUUCCUCGCGAACAACCUCCACUACAUCAUCCAGAAAGUGCAGAGCUCGGAGCUCCGGGUCGUCCUGGGCGACUCUUGGGUGACAAUGCACGCCGAGAAGCUCCGCCAGUACUCGGCUAACUACGAGCGGACGGCGUGGAAAAAGGUCACGACGGCCCUGGCGGAAAUACCGGCGGACGCAAACCGGGACAGCGUCCGGCAGGCCUUCCGGCGGUUCAAUUUGGCGUUCGAGGAGGCGUAUCGAGCGCAGACCGCAGCGGUCGUGGUGGACAGCAGUCUCAGAGAGGAGUUGAAGUCGUCGAUUGCGCAGAAGAUCGUCCCGGCGUACCGCUCGUUCUACGGCCGGUUUCGAGCUUUCAUGCGGAGGGAGGUCGACGGCGAGCCCGCCGUGAAGUUCUCGCCGGAGGACAUAGAGAACUGCCUCUCCGGCCUCUUCUACGGGAGCGGCACCGGUAGCGCGCCUCCUUCUGUUCACUUGCGGGCCUCAUCUCGCUGAGUUCCCGGCGCGGAAAUUUUUACCGAAAAAGAAAAAAAAUUAAAUUAAAUUAAAUUUGUUUAUUUGUUUACGUAAAUGUACUUUUUACUGCACUCUUAUUACUGAUUAGUGAGGGGAUUGACGUCUAUAAAAAAAAAAAAAAAGAAUGAGAUGAAUUUUUUAAGAAAUUUAUUUAGUGUAAAAAAAUUUUGAUUUUUUA